AUGGAGAAAGAACUUGAAGUGCUGCAUAGCCGGUUGUUCAAAGCCAAGGCACGUCCAGAAAAGACAAUGGCCGUACUGAUCUCCGGCGUUCCAGGUUCCGGCAAGACACAUCUAGCGCGCCAGUACGUGUUCACUCAGCGUGACUGCUAUCCAGGUGGCAUAUUUUGGAUUGACGCCAAGUCCCGUGAAUCAACCUACAAGUGCUUUUGGGAGAUUGCACAAGCAGCGACGCUAAUUGAACAGAAGGUCACCGUGAGCACUGCGUAUCACGAGACUGAAAAGUACGUGAAUGCAGUUCGCCUCUGGCUUCAGACACGCAAAGAUUGGCUCCUCGUCUUCGAUGGUGUUACCUUCGACCGUGACGAUGAUAUCAAUAAAUUCAGGGAGGUCUUGCCAUGGAGCAAACAGUGUAGUAUUAUAUACACCUCGGUCGACACAACGCUGCGCAAAAAGCAGCGACUGUACGAGCCAUAUUGUCUGAUGAUCUCGCGGUUGCAAGUGGAGGACGCUUGCAAGCUUCUGUUUAAGGAUCUUGGGAUUACGCGAGCAACACCGGAGCAAAUGUCUAAGGCUACCCGGAUAGUCGAGCACUACGAAUGUCUGCCUUUGGCAAUCCAUGCGAUUGGGCACCGUCUCAACGCAACAGGUAAACCGAUUGAAAAGUAUCAUGUCAAAUCUCAGGUGACGGACAAGAAGCUUGCAGAGCCUUUCUUGAGCAUCAUGAACGAUUUGUUUCGGUUGCAGCAAAAGCAGGCGUUGCACUUGAUUAAUCUUCUCUCGUUCCUUGGCCACCAGGUGCCAGUGGGCCUUCUGAACCUCGGUCGAGCGGCUAUGGCCGAUGAGAAUUUGGAGAUCCAGACCAGCGGCCAAAUCGGAGAAGAUCCUGAUCUUGAUACCACACUUGGAACCCUCAUUCACUACGGGUUGGUUGAACGGAUUUCAGAUGCCGAUCUCUUUCAGCAGAGAUCGUCCCUGCCUAUUUUUGACGGCGAUCAUACAAGCUCGGACCUGAGGACUGUUCCGGAUCUCUCAGAUUCCCUGACGGAGAGCAGUCAAGAAGGAUUUUUCUCCAUCUACCGCCACGAAUCGGUGGUUGAUGUGGUCAAGAUCCACAGUGUAGUGCAGGGGUUCUGUCGUGAUGAGCUCCGAAUCAAGGACGAGGAGAACAAAGGCAUCAUGAACAAGAAUGACCCUGGUUUCUUCGAUACUUGGUUGAUUGUUGCAACCCGUUUUCUCAUCACGUCUUACGACGCCGCUAUGGGACGGAUGGCUCAUUACGAAGACUGUGGCCUUGUCCGGGACUACCGAGAGUACGAAACUCACGCUUCACGACUGCUUGAGCUUUUUCCAAAGAAGGCAGCAAUCAAUCUCCAUCCACUAAUCGUUCGUGAAACGCGAGAGAAUUUGCGACGGAUGAUGAAGAUGAUCAGCGAAGAAAUAGAGAACAUGUCUCCAAGCUCCUCGCACCACUCUCUACGGAAUCAAAAGUCAGUUUUCGACAGGUCAAGCAGCUCCUCCUCGUCCUUCCGUGACUCGUCAGCAGACGAAGGUCCAUCGCGCCGCUCUACCUUCAACUGGAGUGAUCUCGGGUCACCUCGAGCCGAGUCUCCCGAGGAAUUGGCUAUGCCACCUCCUCAGUUCAGAUUGGAGCUUUUCCCACCACAUAUAUUCAGACAAUCUGGGUAUGAAUCUGAAGAGGGAUAUGAAACAGACGGGGAAGCGAAGGGGGUAAUUCGAGUUUCUCCUGCAAUGUCGCAAAUUAGUCAAGUUACGGAGAAAGCGAACAAUACUCCCCCUCAUCGAGUCCUCCACUAA